AUGGCUGGGAUUAUUUCCAGACUUCGUCGUCUCAACCAGAACAAUGUCGCAACUUUCCGCCGUGCACCCCUCACCGAGGUCUCGGGCUCUCUGGGCGAUCUUGGCACAUUACUACCUCUUAUGAUCGCCCUGGCUAUUCAAGGCUCUAUUCAGCUCAGCUCAACCCUUGUAUUUACAGGUAUCUUUAACAUCUUGACGGGUGCUUUUUUUGGCAUCCCUCUACCAGUACAGCCCAUGAAGGCCAUUGCAUCGGCAGCCAUUUCAGCGCGAAAAGAUGCACCCAUGGCCGUCGUUACCGCAGCUGGGCAAUGGGUUGGGGCUGCCGUCGGACUCAUGAGUGUCACUGGUCUGCUGCGCCUUUUCGUUCGAGCAAUCCCCAUUCCAGUGGUCAAGGGUGUGCAGUUGGGAGCUGGUCUUUCUCUCAUCAUGGGAGCCGGCACUUCUCUGUUGAAGCCUUUGCACUGGGCCUAUCCCAUUCUGGAUAAUCGCAUCUGGGCAAUCGUCGCAUUCCUUGUACUCAUCGGCACACAUCAGCUGCCUCGCUUCCCUUAUGCCCUGUUCUUCUUCUGCGUUGCACUCUUAUUUGCUGUUAUCCAGGUGUCCUUAGUUGGCCAGAGUCUUCCAUGGUUCCAUAUCUGGCAACCAACAUUCACUAUGCCAGCAUGGAUAGACAAACACAACUCACGUGCGUUGUGGAUGGCUAUCGGCCAGCUGCCGUUGACUACGCUAAACUCUAUUAUUGCCGUGUGUCAAUUAUCUGCUGAUCUUAUCCCGAAUGUCCCUGCACCAACGGUAACAUCAAUGGGCCUGAGUGUUGCUUUCAUGAACCUCACCGGCACUUGGUUCGGCGCCAUGCCGGUUUGUCACGGGGCCGGUGGGCUAGCAGCUCAACAUCGGUUCGGCGCUCGUAGCGGAGCUAGUGUAAUCAUACUAGGUCUUUUCAAACUCUUGAUAGGACUCGUCUUUGGCGAGACUUUGGUCGACCUUUUGCGACAUUACCCCAGUAGCCUUCUUGGCAUCAUGGUUUUCGCCGCUGGUCUUGAGCUGGCCAAGGUGGGAAAUAGUCUGAACAACGGUGCUCCCGAUCUCUGGGAGGCAUCCACUGGUGAAGACUCUGAAGUUCUCCGACGGAACCCUAUAUGGAAACAAAGGGACCUCUCAAACGACGAACGCAUGGAAAGAUGGAACGUCAUGCUGACGACGACUGCCGGCCUGAUUGCCUUCAAGAAUGACGCUGUAGGCUUUCUCGCAGGAAUGCUCUGCUAUUACGCAUACCGUCUUUCAGAUCGUUUUGCUCAGUGGCGAGAGUCACGUUCUAACUCAUUGAGAGAGAGAGUCCCUUUGCUACGAUGA